AUGGAGGGGAAUCUUCCUCCAGGGUUCAGGUUCCAUCCAACUGAUGAAGAGUUGAUCAGUUAUUAUCUAACAAGCAAGGUUUCUGAUUUUAGCUUCACAUCAAGAGCUAUCACUGAUGUUGACCUCAAUAAAUCUGAACCUUGGGACCUCCCAGCCAAAGCUUCUAUGGGAGAGAAAGAAUGGUAUUUUUUUAGCCUGAGAGACAGAAAAUACCCGACUGGGAUGCGAACCAACCGUGCAACAGCAGCAGGCUACUGGAAAACAACAGGGAAGGACAAGGAGAUUUUCCGCGGCGGAGUCUUGGUUGGGAUGAAGAAAACCUUGGUAUUUUACAGAGGUAGAGCUCCCAAGGGUGAAAAAACCAAUUGGGUCAUGCAUGAAUACAGGAUAGAAACCAAGCUCUCAUUCAAAGCUACAAAGGAAGAAUGGGUGGUUUGUAGGGUCUUCCAAAAGAGCUCAACCGUGAAGAAACCACAGCAACCAACAUCCUCACAACAAUCUCUGGAGUCUCCUUGUGAUACUAACACAAUUGUGAACGAGUUGGGGGAUAUUGAGCUACCAAACUUGAAUAACAUUGCGAAUUCAUCGAGCGGGAUAAGUAAUAUGUCCCUUCAAAAUUACAACAAUGAUGACAUAAACAUGAACUUGAACAUGAAUUGGGCUGCAGCAAGAGAAGCAGCAAGUACUCUUCCAUCACUCUCAUGGCCUUCCACCUUGCUAAACCCGAACCUUUCGAUGAAUUCCUUGCUUCUUAGGGCAUUACAGCUUAGGACUUAUCAGCCAAGAGAAGCUACAAGUACUGAUUACUCAAUUAUGCCCCAAGGAAUUCCCCACUUCGGAACUGAUUUAGCUUCUAGUUUCCCGGCUUCUUCGUCUAGGGUUUUAGAUUCUGUGCAGCAGCAACAACAGGAACAACCAUUUAAUUUGGACUCUAUUUGGGUCUUCCAAAAGAGCUCAACCGUGAAGAAACCACAGCAACCAACAUCCUCACAACAAUCUCUGGAGUCUCCUUGUGAUACUAACACAAUUGUGAACGAGUUGGGGGAUAUUGAGCUACCAAACUUGAAUAACAUUGCGAAUUCAUCGAGCGGGAUAAGUAAUAUGUCCCUUCAAAAUUACAACAAUGAUGACAUAAACAUGAACUUGAACAUGAAUUGGGCUGCAGCAAGAGAAGCAGCAAGUACUCUUCCAUCACUCUCAUGGCCUUCCACCUUGCUAAACCCGAACCUUUCGAUGAAUUCCUUGCUUCUUAGGGCAUUACAGCUUAGGACUUAUCAGCCAAGAGAAGCUACAAGUACUGAUUACUCAAUUAUGCCCCAAGGAAUUCCCCACUUCGGAACUGAUUUAGCUUCUAGUUUCCCGGCUUCUUCGUCUAGGGUUUUAGAUUCUGUGCAGCAGCAACAACAGGAACAACCAUUUAAUUUGGACUCUAUUUGGUAA